UUUAUUUUCAAGAAUCUUGAAACUUAAUUAAAUAUGAAGGUCAUAGCAGCCUAUUUGUUGGCCAAAUUGGGUGGCAACAAUGACCCUUCAUCUGAUGAUUUGAAGAAAAUAUUAAAUUCUGUUGGUGCUGAAAUUGAUGAAGUCAAAAUUGAACUACUUUUGUCACAAGUCAAAGGCAAAGACAUUACUGAAUUAAUUGCUGCUGGUAAACAAAGGUUGGCUUCUACUUCUAUGUCUUUUGGAUGUGGUGGUACUGCUGUUGUUGCCAAUGGUACUACUGAUAAUGCUGCUGGACAAGUUGUUGUUGAAGAGAAAAAGGAAGAAAAGAAAGUUGACAAGGAAGAAUCUGAUGAAGAAGAUUUCAAUUUUAGUCUCUUUGAUUAGAAUUAGUUAGUCAUGCUUUCUUAGGUUUAAGUUUAAUUUGCUGUUAUUUUAUGCACUAGUUUUGUAGGCGAA